CACAAGGAACGCCUCGUAGAAAUGUGACUCUGAGGUGUCUUCGUCCAAUAUCAUCGAGUGGAAGAUCUGGAGAAAUUGAAAUCAGGAUUGGAAAUUCAACCGCAGGGCAGUUGAAGAAAGGGUCACAAGUAUUAAUUAGGCAGUGUCAAUUGGAAGGUAAACAUUUAGCAAGAUAUUCCUGCAGGAAUCGCAACAUCCAAUGAGCUUAGCAUGUCACAGAUUGAUCAGCACAUCACAGAAGUGGCUGAGACAAUUUUUUUGGGUUCACAAUAAACAAAGACAUAAAGGCUGUGUGUCCCAGUUUUCCUCAUUUGCCUAUGUCUGGGGAGCUGGGGAUGGAGGUCAGUUGGGGACUGGUAUCCAGAAGCACAGUCCAGUGCCAAUCAGGCUUCCUCUUUCAGCUGAGGUCUCUCACAUUGGUUGUGGUUAUGGAUUCACAGUAGCAGUUGAAGCAGGAAUCCCCAGGCUGUGGACCACUGGUUUAAACACAUUUUCACAGCUUGGAAGACCACAGACAUGCAGUGAUUUGGAAAUUGAGUCUGUUCCAAGGUCUGUUGGUCUCCAUACAAAUAUACCUUUAUCAAUGCAAGUCCAGCAGAUUUCUUGUGGAAGAUCACAUUCAGCCAUAUUAUUAGACAACGGAGAAGUCUGGACCUGGGGUGGAAAUUUCCAUGGACAGUGUGGAAAUGGAAGCAAAGAAGCAAGAUCUAUUGAAGAAAUUACCAAGAUACCUAAUAUUACAAGUAGGAUCAAACAGAUAGCAUGUGGCUUGGACCACACCCUUCUGUUGUCAACUGAUGGCACAGUGAUGUCCUGUGGGUGGGGUGCUGAUGGACAAACUGGCUUGAAUCAUUUUGAAGACGAGGCAACAUGUAAGAUCCUCGAGGGAGAACUGAAAGAUGUGAGGAUAAAACAAAUUGCAACUUCAGGAGAUUGCUGCUUGGCACUCUCAGAUGAAGGUGAAGUGUUUUCGUGGGGAAACAAUGAAUAUGGACAGCUUGCUGUUGAUAGAGAAGAUGAACAAUUUGCAGUCCCCAUGAGAGCAACUCUGCUGAGAAAUCUUCCACAGGUUCAACAAGUUGCCGCUGGAGGUUCAUUUUGUGUAGCUCUCACUGUCACUGGAGAACUUUACAGUUGGGGAUAUGGGGUCCUCGGACAUGGUAAAGAAGUUUCCUUUUCAAAGAGGCCAAGAAAAAUCGAGGAGUUCUCCAGCAUAGAUGACGCUGUUUCAACCUUGAUUUGUGGCCCUGACAGUUGCGGUGUGGUAACAGAAUCAGGAAACUUGUACACUUGGGGUAGGGGGUCAUUUGGGAGACUGGGUCUUGGCUCCACACUCGAUCAAUGGACGCCUAAAAGGGUGGAAGUACCGGGCAAAGUAAAGGAAGUGACGUGUGGCUUGGAUCACAUGGCAGUCAUAGUGGCAUGUAACUAGUGCAACUUUGUCACGUGAAGAGCGUACGUGG